AAUCUAGAAGGCAGUGGUUUUUUUUGUCCCCUCCCUCCAUUCAUACUCAAGCGUUGUGUAACCUUCCAGUUUCCAGCGGUUUUCAACUCCGUCGCCCUACCUCUCGACAUUUUACGCCCAGAGUUCUCAUACAAUUUUUUUUUAACAAAAAAGAAAAACAUAAAAUUAUUGUAAUUGUAUAUGAAAAUUGUGAAAUAAAUGAUUGUUUUUUAUAAAGGAGAAAAAUGCGUUGUUCUUUUGAGUAAUCAGUAAUUCGUCCGCGGGGGAAUCGAAACCGUUGUCGGAUAACAGGCGGGAAGGUUUGUUUUUCGUUGAUCGUCAGUGUGAAACCUUUGUAUUAUUUUCGUCAGAAAGGCUUUUUUCUUGAGAAAAGUCGACUCGUUUGCAUUUUAAAUAAUCGUUCGGAGGAGAUAGUAAAAAACAGAAGUUGAAAAUAAAAUAAAAAAUUCUGUAACAGCUUGAAGAAAAGCGUUUGACAAGGUAAUGGAGAAAGAUUCGGUAAAUUUGCGGGUUAUUCGCCGGUGAAGAGGUUUUGAGACAUGUUCCUGACCUGUUCCGGCGUGCUGUCGACGUUCUGAUCUAGUAUGGCGAAAGACAUAGCUGAAGAGUUCAACGCGUCACUGUCUGAUCUGAGGAUCAACAGCAAGCCACACAUCAACAUGCUGACCAUGCUCGCGGAAGACUACAUAGAGCACGCCCCGGUGAUAGUGAGUGCAGUCGAGACCCACCUCCACAGGGUGAGGGACGACGUCAAACUUCCCGUCCUCUACCUAGUCGACUCUAUAGUCAAGAACGUCGGUAAAGACUACAUAUCACUGUUUACGGAGAACAUCGUGACGACAUUCUGCACGGUGUUUGCCCGUGUCGAUGAGAAGGUCCGAUCGCAGAUGUUCAAGCUGAGGCAGACUUGGAAUACUAUAUUCCCGGUUAAGGUGAUGUAUGACUUGGACACGCAGGUUAAAACGCUCGACCCGGCUUGGCCGAUCACUGCCACCUCGCCUUCCGUGCGGAUCCACGUCAACCCGAAAUUCUUCCAGAUGCAGAGUGAUGGCGAUGUGAUGCGGGAGGAACUGUUAAAACAACAAAAGGAACUUCUUGAGCUUCAGAAGCGCAAGGUUGAACUCGAGCUACUCCAAACAAAGGCGAUACUCGAGGAACAGCAGAAGAAAUUGGAAAAUAAGACGGACACUCUUGUCAAAGAGGUCCAGGCGAAUAUGGAGAAGGUUGUACCCAAGGUGUCCAGGGAUCCUAGGCUCAAAGCAAAGCCCAAGGGUGAAGAGAAGUCCCCGAGGAAGAGAAAGAGCAAAGACAAGAGAAAAGAGAACCACAAGAAACAACAAAGACAGCUUCCGGCACGUUCCGCCCCUCUCAAACCCCUCGAAGUCGAAACCAAUGAGAAAAUCGAAGAUGAAAAGCACAAGGAAAAAGAACCGAUGGAAACCGACCCGGUCAAGAUCCCCGACGAUCAUUGCGACUCGACUCGAGACGGUUUUGCGACUACAAAAAGGAAAAUCGAAGAUGACAAAAAAGACAAAGAAUUAGACUCGAUCGAGCAGUUAUUCGGUGAUGAAGACGUCGAUCUCCGUCAGAUUGCAAUAAUACCGGACUACACUGAAGGCAAAUGCUGGGCGACUAUAAAAAAGAGCCGUCCUGAAGUUAAGAAGUUCAAAAAGUCACGGUCGUUCAAUUUCAACAAUGAAGACGAAGACUCCGAAGAACCUCAGGAGGACAAUUCGAAUUUGAUAAUAAAACAAGCGGAAGAACAGUUGAAUGAAGGUAACAUAACUUUUUCACAGUAUAACCAUAUGUUGAAAGAAGUCAUAACGAUGAAUGAGGAGAAGAAGUUGAAAGAGGCUGUAUUGAAGGAUAAAGAGGAACCAAGGAAGAAGUACGAGACGGAAGGUCCGGAGUUCGAUGAUAAAAGACGCUUCUCACAGAGGGAAUGGAGACGACCGAUAAAGCGCGUCUUCAACCGGUGGGCACCACAGAAGAACUACAGGUUCAACAAUUUCCGCUGCAGGGAAGUUCCACCAGCCGAUCCACACGUCCUCGAUAUAAUCGCAAAAGACACGAUGCAUACCAUCGACAUCGACAGGAUACCACAUCAGGUCAGAUACUACGGCGAGACUGCAGUGAUCCUUCUUUCCUGGGAUGAUCCGAGAGAGCUGACGUUCCAGCCGGGCAAUGGCCGGAUACUCAUCAACGACAAAGUCCUCGUGCUCCCUUUCAACGCGCCGUACCGUGAGGUCAACAUAGAAGGUGUAAGCACUAAAAUAAGAUUUGGCGCUCCAACCCGUGAGUUAUUCAUUGAUGGUAUAUUCUAUGAGGCGAGCUUCGGUGGUCCGCCCGUGCAAGUCAUGAUCGGAAAUCGUUACCACUCAUUUCAGCUUUUAGGGCCUAUGCCACAGGUCAGAGUUGGUACGACCCCACGCACUGACCUCGUAGCUGGGAAAGUCAAUUUAAUAGUCGACGCAAAGCAUAUUUUUCCGAUUUAUUUAGACGCCAAGCCGCAGAGGUUCGAUAUCGGCCAUGUACCUUACAUACUUCGUUUUGUCGAAGCACUUCGCACCGUUGUAAUCAAUGGGGUACCUUUCAACAUAGAAUUCGGUGGUAAUUUGCCCGUUCCUAUGUAUUUCCAUGGUGAGAAGCACUUUUUAAGGUUCUCCGUCCUUCCUCCUGGCGUCAAACAGGGUUAUGUUAAUAUAAUAAACAUGGAAGGUGGCAGGCUGCCGACACCACCACUCGCAAUGAUGGCGCCUCCUCCCCCUCCCCCUCAGAUAACUCCUGUGUUGCAGGAAUACUGUACAGCACCGUCUGAAGACUUAGAACUCCUCGUGAGCCGGCUUACGACGACGUCUCAGCCCAGGAGCCAGUAUUCGGUAAAGGCGAACGAACCAAAAGAAAAUUCUGUGAUAAACGUAAGCGAGCUUUUAAAGAAAUUGGUCGAAGUCGGAAUCGUACCGCCCGUACAGGAGGAAAAGGAGAAGGUGAAGCAAGUGGAUUUUUCAAAACCGGACAGCUUGAAGACAAAUCAGCCAGGUUUAAUCGCAAUACUCUAUUCGGGGAUACAGUGCAGUUCCUGUGGCGUACGAUUCCCGCCUGAACAGACGGUCAAAUACAGCCAACACCUCGACUGGCACUUCAGGCAGAAUAGGCGAGACAGGGAUACGCUGCGCCGUGUCCAGUCGCGCAAGUGGAACUACGACAUAACCGACUGGAUACAAUACCAGGAGAUCGAGGAGGAGGAAGAACGGCCCGAGAGCUGGUUUGAAAUACAAGAACGCGAGACGGCCGCAGCCUCCGAGGUCGAACAGGAAUCCUCUGUGCCUGUCAUAGAUGACAACAACUCCUGCAGCGUAUGCGGCGACAGGUUCGACCAGUUCUACAACGGUGAUAAAGAAGAAUGGCAGUUAAAGAACGCAAUGCGCCUCGAAAAUUCCCUCUACCAUCCUUUAUGCUACAAAGAGCACGAUUUCAAUUCGGACGCAAUUGAAAUCGAAGUCAAAGAGGAUCGAGAAACAAACCAGGAUGACGACGACGACGACAUCCUCGAGAUCAAAGUGUUAGAGAAAACUGUCGAGUUUUAUGAGCUUUCUGACGAAGAAGGGCCGACUUCGCCGGCCAAAAAGGAAGAUUCGGAUGACGAAGUCCAUUUCUCGCUCAAUAGGGUGAAACAGGAAAAGAUCGAGAUACAACCUGCGCCUGUCGUAACAUCGUCGAUUGAUGGGAACAACGAGCUAGCUGAAUCCACCCCGCUAGUCGUACCUAAGAAGAUCAAGAUCAACAUAACGUCCUCGCUCUCGAAACAGGACAGAUCGGCGAAGAAGGUCGAGGAGAAGGAAUCGGAGAGCGAUGAAGAGAUCAAUUUCCCUUCUUCAGUCAAACCAGACAUCGCUAAGGCGCAGCUUACCGUUUUAGAUCCACUGUCCAUCGGGACAGAAAUAUCAGCCCUCUGUAGCAUAAUGUAAAUUGUAUAUUAUAUAAAUAAAACCUUGUUUUGUUACCUUAA